AUGAUGUUUAUGGCGUACGUGGAUGCAAGUUCAGAUGAUCUGCCUUUGUGGGGCUUUGUGGGCGAGUUGGCACCUGGAAAAAAUGGUGAAAACGGCAAGCAUGUUCUUUAUACUCAUAAGAGUAUUAAUGUCAAAUACAACAAAGACCAGAUUAUUCAUGUGAAUCUCACUCAAGACAACCCAAUGCCGUUAGAAGCAGGGAGGACGGUGGAUUUGACAUAUUCUGUGAAUUGGACCCCAACCGAUAUCACAUUUGCUCGUCGUUUUGAUGUUUAUCUUGAUUAUCCUUUUUUCGAACACCAGAUCCAUUGGUUCUCCAUCUUUAACUCGUUCAUGAUGGUUAUCUUCCUCACUGGUUUGGUCUCAAUGAUAUUGAUGAGGACUCUCAGAAAUGAUUAUGCUAAAUAUGCUCGAGAAGACGACGACCUGGAGAGCCUGGAACGCGAUGUAAAUGAAGAAUCUGGAUGGAAACUCGUGCACGGAGAUGUAUUCCGACCACCACGUGGUCUGGUGCUUCUCUCGGCUGUUGUUGGUACAGGUGCACAGCUGGCUUUGCUUGUUCUUCUUGUCAUAUUAAUGGCAAUCAUUGGGACACUUUAUGUUGGGAGAGGAGCAAUCGUCACAACUUUCAUAGUUUGCUACGCUCUGACGUCAUUUAUCUCUGGUUAUGUGAGCGGUGGAAUGUACUCAAGAAGUGGGGGUAAACAUUGGAUCAAGUGCAUGAUCCUCACAGCUUCUCUCUUCCCAUUCUUGUGCUUUGGGAUCGGAUUCAUUCUAAACACAAUCGCCAUAUUCUACGGAUCUCUUGCUGCUAUUCCCUUUGGAACAAUGGUGGUUGUGUUCGUAAUUUGGGGUUUCAUUUCGUUCCCUCUAGCCCUCCUCGGGACAGUCGUUGGUAGAAACUGGAGUGGUGCCCCUAACAACCCGUGCCGUGUGAAGACAAUCCCACGUCCAAUCCCUGAGAAGAAAUGGUACCUGACUCCAUCAGUAGUCUCUCUUAUGGGAGGUCUCUUACCCUUUGGCAGCAUCUUCAUUGAAAUGUACUUCGUCUUCACAUCCUUCUGGAAUUACAAGGUGUACUAUGUGUACGGGUUCAUGCUGCUUGUGUUUUUGAUUCUUGUUGUGGUGACGGUCUGUGUGACGAUCGUGGGAACAUACUUCUUGCUGAAUGCUGAAAACUAUCACUGGCAAUGGACAUCGUUCUUCUCAGCUGCUUCCACUGCGGUUUAUGUCUACUUAUACUCCAUCUAUUACUACUACGUAAAGACCAAGAUGUUUGGGUUUUUCCAGACCAGCUUCUACUUUGGAUACACCUUGAUGUUCUGUCUCGGCCUCGGAAUCCUUUGCGGAGCUGUUGGGUUCUUAGGAUCGAAUCUGUUUGUUAGGAGGAUCUACAGAAACAUCAAGUGCGACUAG